GAAGAGAUGUGAAGUUAUGAAUGCUUUGGUACUUCUUAGCAAUGGUCAAUCCGUGUCAAAACUCGUUAUAUCCUACAAACUACAUUAAAUAGCGCUGAUUUGUAUCCCGAAUUGAAGAAUAGAUUAGUCUGAACCAGAAAAUAUACAAAACCGUGAUUUUAAAGAUAGCUAAUUUUCAAAAUUACAAAGUCCAAAUUACUUUGCCAUUAAUUCGAAUGGAAUUUGGCGCAGCCUUGAGGUUGUCCCCCUCACUUCCAGCCCUGUAUUGUAUGCGAGUAGUCGUUGGUGCAGAGCUGGACAAGUCCGAGCAUUGCUGUAGUUUAGUUUGUGUAGUUUAAGUGAAUUUAACAAGUUAUUUCCCAACACGAGUGGCACAGCUAUUACUUUCUGUGCGCGUGUGGGAGGUCCCCUCCUCUCAGGCACGUAACAAGAUCAUUUUGAAAGUUAGCAUGCUGGUUAGCCUGCUAGCAUGCUACCUGUAGCUGCCUAGCCACCUGCAACACUCGCGUUUGCUUCGUCUUCGCUUCCUGUCAGCGACAUGACACACAGGAAAGAAGUAUUUCGGUCAAAAGUCCUGCAGAAGCUUUUUCCUGUAGCUCCCAAAUUGGAGAAGGAACCCAGCCCGCCACGUCUCGUAGACGUUCUAGCUAAGAAAACCUUUGUGAAAAGAAAAACAACUCGAGAAGACACUGCUGCAGGUGAUGCAGGGCAGACGCAGAGUGCAGCCAAUCCCCAGGCUCGGGUGUACACUGUCCUUCCUCCUCCUGCAGACUACGAGACACAUCCAGAGAAAUCGGUCACACUCUCUCAACCAGAAAGUAUAAACGGUGCCAAGGACCCAGCUGAAGAGAGCGUCCAUGAGAGCAGUGAGGAACUAGACCAGGAUACGGAGCAAGAAGAGCACAAAAGAAGAAGGAAAAGGAAGAAAAGGAAAACAACUCCUCAACAAAGCUCUGGGCAAGAUGGUGCAGCUCCAGGUCAGAGUCAAACUGUGGCUGAGGGAGGAGAGCACAUCAGCAGGAACAAGAAGAGGAAGCUGAAGAAGAAACGGCACAAAGAGAAGCUGCUCUCCAUGGGUGUGACGCCCCGAGCUGCUGCCCUGGAGUUUACGUACCAAAAAGAUGAGGGAAUGGAGGAGGAAGAUCAUGACAUUGAGAGGAGAGCUGCUGAGGUGUCAGACUUCCUCAGGACAACAAUGGAAAUCUAUUUGUCAGACCGCAAAUUACAUGUAGACAACAAGAGUCUUCUCCUGUCCGGCACAGUGGACAACCUUCUGAGCCACAUGUCCAGCGGAUGUGAGCCAAACUCUGUCCUGAAGCAGCUCUAUAGUCUCAAGACUUCUGUUCAACACAAAGAGACGGCAACACUGGAAAAGGCGCUGCAGGAGCUACACAGCAGCUCGAGUAUGACUACAGACGAAUGCGCUGCCGUCGCUUCACUGUUCCAAUACUGGAUCACAGAUAUUCUUCCCAUGCGGGGCGACAAGACGCCGGGACUAUCUACCACACACCCAUGAGACUGUCAGUCACACUGAAACGGAGACGCCACUGAAGGAUUACUUCAAUCGCUACAUCUUGAAACUUUCUUCUCAUUUCUUGCUUUGCAAAAUGUCAAGCUUAAGACCCAAUAUAAAAUAUUUUUUACAAUAAAACAUUUCUGCCUGUUUUUCCCUUGUUUAAUCUGCUAUAAUGCCUUAUAUUGUAAAAGAACAUGAGGCCAGUUAAUCCUUAGCUUUGAGAUUCCUCCCAGAGUCAUAACAACCUUAUUGAUCCCCGUAGGGAAAUUGCUUUGUUAGCUCGUCCGCCCGCCACGAGAGAAGUUACUGUCAUCAGCCGAGCUGUUUCUGUCUUCUGUCUGUUUGUAAGAGUUGCUCUUCGUUAGAUUCAAAUUUAUAUUCAUCAAACAUUUAUUUGGUAUUAAGUUCAGACUCCAAUCCUCUAAUUGUCGGAGGAGUAAAUGUCAGCUCUGACGAAGGUGCUGUGUUGUUCGCAGAUGUUAUGACAUUUAAACCCAGCCAGUUAACCUAAUAGCACCUCAAUUAUCUGCAGUUCACACCCCACAGAUCAAUAUCUGACCUUGUUGCUGUUCCAUGUGCCUCUUCACAUUUGUUGUUCUACCUACAGUAUAUCGUCUCUAGAUUAAUUACCUCAGUGAAGUAACAGUGAUGAUUGUAAUGGUCAGUCAACAGACUGAAUGAUUAAUAACUCGUCCUGUUGCUUUAUUCCCACAACCCCCUUGUUGCUGUUAUCUAACUAUGCUCGACAUAGCAGCGCAGUAUGUUGUUGAUGGACCUUGGGAUCCAGUACCACCCAUGGAGUCUGUAAGCUUAACCUUCGGCAUCACUAUCCCUGUCUACAGCUCAGGUAAUCUAUUCUAAUACUUUCACCCAUACCUCAAUGCCAGGGGCUGGGUUCAGGAAGAGGCCAGAGAAUUAUCUCGGCUGGACAGUGGCAUUGUGACGACCUGUGUGGGAGCCGACGGCCACGUACCAGGUUCAGAGGAGCUGUUGUCUUUCAAGACCUGGGAUGCAAUGGCAGGAUACAGGGAACAGAGAAACACACAGGCUCAAAUAAUGUGUGACAAGGGCAUGAUCACAGCCGUCUGUGGCCUCCAUCCAUGGGUGGACGCACCAGGUGCUGGGUCUGAUGGAAGUUCAUGGGCUCAUUCUGCCCACGUUAGCCAGAGGAGACCAUCUGGGUACCGACCACAUUACCUCUCACGCUUAUGUAGCUUAAUGUAAAGUUCAUGGAUUGUUAUUUUCAUUUUCUCUGUCCUAGCUUUACUCGGCUGGCUCCCUGGGCAGCAGUAUCACUUUGUUUAUAAAUAUCUCAAUAAUGAUUCAACCACUUGCGAUGAAACAUUCCUGGUUCCCAGACAGGGCUUUAAAACCACAGCGUCUCCACAAAGUUCACAUUUUACGUUUUUAGGGAAAUGUCUCAAUAACUAGUGUAUACUAUGUGUAAGAUGGUUUUCAUUUAAGGCAGCUAUAGUUACUUUUAUUUAUUAAAAAAAUCAUUGUAUCAAAUGACGUGUAAUAUAAAAUGUUAAAGGGGAGAAUGAAUGAAUCUGCUGUUGCACUCUUAUAGCAAUAUCAGCUUUAAAGGAGAUGAGUUGGGUUGACGGAUCGUUUCCUUGUCUUAUUUUUGUUGACUCUAAAUUCACAAAAGUAAAUCAAUAAAUACACCUGCUAGAUGUUAAUGGCAUCACAUUAGCCUGUUGUAUACUUUCUGACGUCAUUAGUGAUCAGAGUAAUUUUAUCUCACUUUAAAUUGGCACUCUAAAACUAGUAUGGUUAUGUUUGACAAACCCACUCCACAUCACAAGUUUCAGUGGCAUCAUGUUAACUUUGCAGCGCUGUUGCUUUGGUUUGAGAUGAUCCACGGAUGCAUGAGUCAGGAGGCAGAGUGAGGUCCUGUUUCCGGAGAUGUUAAGAAAGUCGUUGUUGGCUAUUCUCACCAGAGAGAAUGGAAAGAAAGAAAGAAAAACGUUACCAGCUACCUGAUAAUAAGACCUCGCUCUGAGCUCAGGACCCUGAGACCAGGCAGGACAUUAAAGCUCUGAGAAAUGUGCUGACCUGGCAGGAGAUGUGCAGUAUGUGGCAGAUUCACAGAAUGUAGAAGGCUGUUCAAGGAGCUGCUCAAGUCAGAAACUGUUUGAGGCUGAAUCUACCUCAUAAUCAACUUUUUGUUCAUCAUAUUCCACGUUGCUGUGGUGUCUUACUAUUUCAAACAAGAUGGAAAUAGGCAUCAAAUGCGGAAAUGUUUGGAGCAGAAACCAAAAUGUUUUAAGAAUGGCACUCAGCAGAGCGCAUUCCUCCUCCUAAGACCCAAACAUCCCUUUAAAAUCAAGCUGCACCAAAAUGCCACCACUCAUCAAUAUCUGUGUGUUAAUUAAAAACAAAGUCCAAAAACUCAUAAAACACCUUAAUCUGUAAUGUUAAAGAAAGUUUUUGGGGGGGGGGGGG